AUGGACGUGUGGCGCUGUGCUACGUGCAGCAAGUUGAAGCCCCUCUCGGGCGAUCACCUCAAUGGGAAGAAGACAGUGCGAUCUGAUUGCUGGCCCUGUGGCAAGAAGUGCACGUUUAUGCGGGAGUCUGCGGCAGCAACGCGAAGUGCAGCCCCGGUGGUUACGGCGCCCUUCUUGUUCAACCCGGCGAUGAAGGUGUCUUCUGGCAAACCAGCUGCAGGAACGGCACAGGCGGUAGCGAUAUCGAAUCCUUUCCUCACUGGUGCGGCAGCGUUGGGCACUUCCGCGGUGGGUAGCCAGCAGGCAUGCAAUAAGCCUCCCAGUGGCCCGUUUGCUUCUGCACAGCUACAAUUCGGCGCGGCGAUGCGGGCGACGCCCUCUGACAAGACUGCAGCAGAAGCGCCGCUGUUGAACCCUUUCGCUGAGAUGUCCGUUUCUCCUGGUAAAGGACCGUUCGCCAGCACCACCCACACACAAACGAACAUAACAGCCAGCAGCAGUAACCCAUUCGCCGCGGUAGCACUGCCAGUGCCGCGGGUGAAUGAGACGCUCUCUUGUGGUAGCGCCCCCUCCUCGUCGGACGGCACGUCGCCUAUUAUCAUGCAAUCCGCCUCCGACAGAUCCAGACAGUCUCCGCCGUUCACCUUCACGGUGUCACCGAGCGCCGUGGUACCAUCAAACAUCAGCUAUAACGCCCCGACGGUGAGAGGCGACAGUGGCGCUGAACCGGAGUGGAUUUGCUCGGUGUGUUACAAGCGCAAGGACCUCCACGGCGAUCAUCUGAGAGGGAAGACGACGGUGCGCUCAGACUGCUGGCCGUGCGCUAAGAAGCGCACAUUCAUCCUUUCCACCAGUGAACUACGUGCAACCUCCAAGGAUGCACCGCAGAAGCACCAGCAGCUGCUGCCGCCCCGCUCGACGACAACGACGACGACGACGACCCAGACACCAGUGCGGGAGUUGGUAUCGGCCGACCUUGUUGUUUCGCCUGGCGUCAGUCUCGUGUCUUCCGCUAGCGUGAUGUGGCGUGAUCCUGUGAUUCCGUCGAGCGACACUGUUAUGAACAUGUUUGUCGCCCACGCCGCAUCACAGCAGCAGCAGCAGCAGCGGGAGAAGUCCUCCCCGAUGGCUGUUGCUCCGGAUUCGAGCGAGCACAACUCCGCCGACACCGCUGCUGCGCCGCUGCUCACCUUCACCUUUGAGGGUGAGGUGCUGCGCGGAUACAGGCAGCAGCUUGUAGAUGGAAUACGCACCCGCACGGUGUGGUACAACCGCACGUUGUAUGUGUUGGCGCCGGAGAACAGCCAUGGGGAGAGCGGCAGCGUGGCGGCGGCCCCGCAGCUUGGCGCUGCGGCAGUGGUCUUCCUCGCAGUGGAGCACAAACUUGCGCUCUCACCGUUUCGCCGCAUGCGCCGUCUCUUCUGUCCAGAUGAGUUUUCCUUUGCAGCGGCUUGUGCAUACGCGAACACCUUUCUGGCGGGGCACCACACGAGUCCGCACCAGUCCUCCUUUGUGGUGUAUGGACCACGUGUUGACCACACAGCCCCGACGACGCAAUGGGGCUCUAUCAUUGAGAACUGCGCCCACGCGCGACAGCUGGUCGUGAGUGGGGAGCAGCGGGUGGAAGGGGCGCAGAGCAUCUUCCGCAGUACUGGAUGGCUCACGCUUCCACUGUACGCAACAGCUGAGGCCAUUCGUCUGAUGGAAGCGCAGCAGCAGCAGCAGGGCGCGGAUGCAGAAUUUUGGGGAGCCGACGUGGUACUGGUGACGGCAACAAUGAAACUGGAGGAGUUGCCGCAGGCGGCUGCCCUGGCUCUCCCAGUGAAACCGUUUCUAUAA